AUGGACCUGAAAGAUGAAUCUUCUUCGCGCCAUCUAAAUCUAAAGAAAGUGAAUGUUGACCAUUCAUCUUCUGGAGAUGCUCCUUCCACUCCAAAUACAUUUCAGCUAGUAACUGAAGAAGAAUUAAUUGGACGUCUAAUAAUUUUGGGAUCAGUAGUCGCUAGUAUUGGUGGCCUAUUUUACGUAUUUAUUCGAGGCACUGUGGGUGGAACACAAAUGAAUGUGUCAUUCUCAAUUUACGGAUUUCUAUUUUUCUUUUCCGCCUUAUUAACAUUUUAUUAUGCGCGCAAGCGGGAUUUUGGUCAACAUAAGCGAUGGGCUGUACGAACAUUUGCUUUGGCCAUCGGGAGUGCAUUAUAUCGUCUCUAUGUGUUCCUAUUAAUCUCUGACGUGAAAAAUUCAGCGAUGAGCGAAGAACAAAAAAAAUCUCUAAUUAUUACCGGUUGGCUUUUUUAUUUCCCAAAUUUGCUAAUAGCUGAAUUGAUCAUUUGGUUAUUAUGGGGCUAUGGAAGACAACCUAGGAUUAUCAGCGUCAUUGAAAAAGUGGAAAACAAACUUCAUCAUAAGAAUAAUUCGGAUGAUACUCAAAAAUUUGUUUAA